AUGGCUGAGGCAUACCUCGACGGUCUCGAGAACGUAUGGCGCUCAGAGCGGCUGGUGUUCCGGGCAACUCAGCAGGAAGACUACGAAUUCUUGUUUCGAGAUCUCGAUACCGAUCCCGUCAACGUUUCCCUCUCCGGGCCUAUGCUCCUGAAGCCUCCACGAAAACAAAAACCCGAGGAUUGGUUUGAUAAGUGGAAACAGAACGACUUUCUGAUGGACGUGAUAAUCUGCCUCCGUUCAGACGUCAAGGCCAACGAGAGGCAUUUCAAGAGCAGUGCCUUGUCUGAGAAAGACGUUGACCAGCCUGACAAGGCAGCAGACAAGCCUAUCGGCAUGAUUAAUUUGUCGACCAGCGUGUAUGGCCGGAACCCAAGCAAUCGUGCCUGCUCCUUGGGUAUUGCUAUUGCAGCACCAUAUCAGAACAGCGGCUACGGCACCGAAGCUGUCCGUUGGGCCAUCGGUUGGGCGUUCCGAAGAGCAAACAUGCAUAGUGUUCACCUGGGAUCUGUGGAAUACAAUAAACGGGCUCACAGAUGCUACCAGAAGGCAGGAUUCAAGCUGGAUGGGAAGCAAAGGCAAUGCCACUGGCACAACAGAGCCUGGUACGAUCUGUAUCUGUUCAGCAUUCUGGAGGACGAGUGGGAGCAACUGGACGAGGGAAAAAGUUGA